CCGGAGACGCUUUGCUGGAUUGCUUCGUUGACAUUGUGCUUCUAUGUAAUUCAUCCCGAAAUUCAUUCAUUCUUUGAUUCAGGUUGUACCAUUCUGAUGGCUGCUCAGGGCUAUCACUUAAAGCUUGGUCCAGGUGCUGCUGAAUCGAUUGAUCAGUAUCUGGAAUAUAGACGCAUUGUUGGUGAGGAUGACGGUGGUGAGUUAUUCACACCAGAGCAGUAUGAAGCUUAUAAACGAGAUGUUGUACCAACCCGGAUGAAGAAUCGUCUAUUUGUCAGUUGGACAUCUCCCAAUGGGUGGGAUUGUAAGCUGGUUGGACCAGAGACACCAUGCUUCUGUCAACACAGAUACAAGCAGCACAAGACAGAUUUCAAGGAGAUACCCACAGAGAGACCCCUACUCCUCCCUUGUAGGGUCAAAGGUUGCAGAUGUCAGUCAUACAAUUAUGUUCCCCUGAAUGGCAGCAGGCCUUUACGAUGUCGGUGUAAGCACUUCACUGAUGAACAUUCUGAGGAUCCAAGCCAUGCUUGCAUGAAAUCGAGUUGUAAUUGUGUCUCCUUCAAGAGUUCAUUCACCUGUUCUUGUGAGCAGCCUACCUACCUACAUGAGAUGAUUAUCGAGACGAAGGAGGAGAGACUAGCCAGAGGUCAUCCUGUAGGUCAUGACACACCGUAUGCAGCCAUGGGAGGGUUGACUGGUUUCAGUUCAUUGGCUGAGGCAUAUAUGAGACUGGAUGAUAGCGGCAUUGGUCCAGCAGAUGAAGAGUUUUUAAAUCAACCAAUCACAUCAUCUGAUCAUCCUUUCCUUCGGAUGCAUGCAAGCACCUUCCAGCAACUUGAGCCUCCAGAUAAAAAAGUUGAUGCACUGACCAAAAAGAUGGCAAACUUCAAGAUGACAGGAACUGAUGCAGAUAUGGAGUAUUAUGAAAUGAGAUAUCAGCAGAGGUUGAAAGAAGAGCGAAUGAAGAAAAGAGGUGUGCAGCCUGGCCCUAGGAGACCACAAGAGGGCGCUGCUGUGAGUGGCCAUCGAGUUCAGCCUGGCAGUGCAAAGAGUGGUACCAGAGGGCCCUCAAGAAGUGCAACCAAGAGAUAGUCUAUGUCUUUGCAUUCAGUAGUGAGGAGACCUUGCUUAUUGACAGACAAUGAUUUCUAACAACUAUAAGUGUAGUGGACUCAAAAUCUUGUUUCUGGAGUAAAGUUGAAGCCAUCUACACAUCAGAAGCAUAUCUGUUGAAUAUUGGUGGUUGAACAUGAUGGUGCAACACUUUUCAUUCUACUAAUAUAAACCAAAGCCUAUGUGAUCAGUAAUUCUGUGCAACAUCUAAGAUACAAAAGAAUUUUGAGAAUACUGCUGCAAUGAAAUUGGGUUAAAAGAACUAAACAUGGGAGAUGCAUAUUUACAAGUUUCAAAAUAUUUUAAAGACACUUCACGAAGGUUUCGAAAUAAAUCUUGUUUGAAAUUGAGAUGUUUUAAAUGUACAUGUAUAUAUGUGUGUAGAAAACGGCCCUUAUGGAGUGAAAAAAAUCAGAGCAAUGAAUUUUGAUCAGACCUUAUUUCAGAAUGAUGUGCUAUUUUUGCAUAGUGCACUGAGAUAUUUCUUCAACGUAGACACAUUGAGAACCUUGUCACGUUGACAAGUUCUGUUUGCAUUCAUGUGUUUUGCUUUGUAAUGGGCUUUAAUGCUUGAACUUUUCCAAUGCAUGUAUAUUUUGCUGUUUUAUUCUGGUUUAAAGAGAGAUGACCACCUCUGCAGUUUGCAUUGCAUUGUAUUAGUGUAAUAAAUGGAUUUCACAAAUAUAGCAGAAGAAACUCGGAAGAUCAGAUUUUCAUUAUUUCCCUAGUUCUUAACUUCUGUUUUAAAAAGAAUAACACAGUUAAGUUGUUUACAGUUAAAAUGUUGCACUGAGUACGACUAGUAGAUUUAAUUUGCUUACACACUUAUGCCAAACUUAGUUCCUGAUGAAGUGGAGGUGGCAAUCUGUAGAGAGUAGAAGAGAGAAAAAUAUUUGGAGAAACAACCAUUUUGGGGAGCUUUCAGCAUCUUUAAAAGUACUAAGAUUUACAUAGGCACAGUUUCUCAUCAACCCAUACAGAAUGCAGGCAAACGACAAUAACGCCAAUAUUGGCUCACGGAUUAAAUGAACUCCAUGUUUGGAAAUACGA